ACUCAGUGCUGAAUAAGGAGGGUGCCAGGAGGGUCUUGUGUGGCUGUCUAUGGGAUCUUUGAUGCCUUGAAUGUGCACAAGUCAAAGAACUGCUAUCUCCAUUUCAUCUCCUUCUCAGCAGCAGUCAAAUCCAGUCCAGUGGUCCAGCAGAAUCGCAUCCAAAACAUCAUCUAGGAUUUGUGUCCCCGAGAGUCCUCCAGGAAUUUCAGCAUGCGACUGGAAGAAGUCGGAAGGCUUCAACAUUCAUUUGAACAAAUCCAUGACGGGGCCUGCUUGCUUGCAAGCCACCAAGAUGACAUGGAUGUAGAUAAUAAUAGUAUGAAAUGUAUGGGCUGUCAAGAGCCACUGGAAUCCAAAGCAAAAAUAAUCCAAAGAGCAUGGAGGGAUUACUUACAGCGCCAGGAUUCUUUGAAUGUGCAGUGCAUAGAAAAACGCAGUCCGUCCCCAUCUUCUUUGUCUUCAGAUAAAAUGAGCAGUUCUAUCAGUAUGAACACCUUUUCGGAUGGCAGCACUCCUGAUUACAGAGAGGAUGGCAUGGAUUUAGGAAGUGAUGCUUGUAGCCGUUCGAGUUCAGAAUCAAGCUCCAAUAAAGUGACCCCCUGCUCGGACUGUAAAUCUUCCCCCAGUCUGGAUCUGGCUGCUUUGGAGGAUUAUGAGGAGGAGGACUUUAUGGUGGACAAGGUGAGCGAUGAGUGGGAGGAUGAAGAUGAGGAAGAAGAGGUUAGUGCUGAUGAUGGCUUUCCUAAGGACAAUUGUUUUGUGACGGGCAGAAGUUUAGCAGAGGAGUUUGAGGACAUUAAAGGUGGGGAUUUGUCUAUCACUAAUGGCAACCCUUCUCAUCGGCACAAAUUAAACGGGAACUUAGUCACUGGGAAACCCCCAACUAAAGCAAAGCACAGCCCUCCAAAGCCGCAGAAUACUUUGAGCAGGGCACCUCCAGUGAACUCAUUUAGUGCUUCAGCUGCCAUCAUGAGGGAUGAACCUCAACUCCCUACUAUGGACUGGGAAGCCUUGGAGAAGCACCUUGCAGGACUACAGUUUCAGGAACAGGAGUCCCGGAAACAGAGACAGGCCAGAUCCAAUUACACAUCUGCGCAGAAGAAUGAAAGAGAAUCUAUCAGGCAAAAAUUGGCGCUUGGGAGUUUUUUCGAUGAUGGCCCUGGCAUCUACACUAGUUGUAGCAAAAGCGGGAAGCCCAGUCUGUCUUCCAGGCUUCAAAGUGGGAUGAAUUUGCAGAUCUGUUUUGUAAAUGAUAGUGGGAGUGACAAGGACAGUGAUGCAGAUGACAGCAAAACUGAAACAAGCCUCGACACCCCGUUAUCUCCAAUGAGCAAGCAGAGUUCUUCAUACUCAGACCGGGACACUACUGAGGAGGAGUCCGAAUCCUUUGAAGACAUGGAUUUUAUCUCCAGGCAGAAGAAACUGCAAGCAGAAGCAAAGAUGGCUCUGGCUAUGGUGAAACCAAUGGCUAAGAUGCAGGUGGAGGUAGAGAAACAAAACAGAAAAAAGUCCCCUGUUGCGGAUCUAUUGCCGCAUAUGCCUCACAUUAGCGAAUGCCUAAUGAAGAGAAGCCUAAAGCCUACUGAUCUAAGAGACAUGACGAUUGGACAGCUACAGGUGAUUGUGAACGACCUUCACUCUCAAAUUGAAAGCUUGAAUGAAGAACUGGUUCAACUUCUUCUGAUUCGGGAUGAAUUGCACAUGGAACAAGAUGCAAUGCUUGUAGAUAUUGAAGACUUGACUAGACAUGCUGAAAGUCAGCAGAAGCACAUGGCAGAAAAGAUGCCUACAAAAUAAAGCAAAAAGCCAUUGAACAUUAGGAACAAGCUAAACUUUUAUUUUGCUAUUGUGGUUGUCAAAAUGCUGAUGCUAAAGAUGAUACACAAGGAAAAUCAGUGUUAGUCUUUGAUGUCUGAAGCUUUUUGUCCAGUGAUUUGGCCUCUGCUUCCUAAUUUAUUUUAACUUUUUACUUGUGCCACUCACUACCAGGCAUUUUAUUAAGAAACUAUAUAUGUACAGUACUUAUGCCAUUACAGAUUAUGAGAGAAAGAGAGAUAUAAUAGUUUAAAAUGUAUUUAUUUUUUUCAUUUGGAAAGUUUUAAGUUGAUCAGUAUUUUAUCUAUGAUAACUACCUUUUAUUCGUCACUGUAGUUCUCAAAACACAAAUGUUAUUGACGGUGCUAAAAGUCAACAACUACAUGCCUGCCUCAUCGUAAAGUUGUAGCUUUCUGUAUCUUGUAUAAUUCAGUUCAGUUCUCAACAUUUUGUGAAUGUUGAUUAUCUGACUUCCAUUUUUAGAUGUGCUAUUAUAAUAUUCAAUUGGAUUGAAAAGAAAGGUCACCUUCAAAAGUUUUAUGUAUAAAUAUGUAAAAUAAACUUUAAACAUUUGUUUUGUA